CAUUUUCUAUACUUGCCAAAAGAAAUCAUUUCAAAAGAAGACAUUUAAAUACAAACGUCUUUACUCGUAGAAAGUGUUUAAUGCAUCGACACGACACGCUGUAGUGUACUAACAGAUUUGUUUGUUAAUACUUAGUUAUGAGAUGCAAUAAACCGUGAAGCUUGUUGUGGGAUUUUGGGCAUUCAAAAAGGUCAUGCAAAUAAUUAAAGUUACAAACAAGAUAAGUGAUUAACUAGCUUCAACUGAAUUCUUAAGUCAUUGGGAGAGAGAACAGAGCAGAAACAUUAGUGUUUGUGCAGAUUAUUACUGAAAGGCUUCACAACCUUAAUAGAGCUUUUUAAAUCACUUUUGCUGUUGCUAUAAAAAAAAUUAAAAAAUAAUAAUAAUUCUUAUACUGUUGCAUUAUUGGGAAAUGUUUGGAGCCAAAAAUUCAAAAAUGUUGGCGGCGAAAGCAUAAAAAGGAUGUCAGUAAAUGUUUUCAACCCGUGAGUGUAGUUCAGCUCGAGAUAUUUACAGCACUUCGUGUAUGGAAUUGUGCUUAGAGUUUUUUCAUAAUUUCAUUUAACUUUGAAGUUUGACUCAUUUGAGGGAACAAAUGUUCAUGUGAGCUCCAUUGGAAUUGCUUUCUAUCAGUGCUUAUGAGGUCCUAUAAUGACUCUAAAUUAUUUAACUGAGGGGGGUAUAACAUUCAGAAGUAUGAGUUUCUGUUUACUAUUCAUUAAUUAUAAAACCACAAAAAAUACAAUUAUGCUGUUAACAAUUGAGAGAUUAUGCACAUGCAAUUCAUUUUGCAACUACUCAGACUGUAGAUCUACAAUCAAGAUUAUACAUCUGUUUUUGUCACUUUAUUGUUUAUUUUUAUUGUCAGGAUAUCAGUUACUCAUUGAACAAAAGAAAUUCACAUUGGCAACAAACAUAUUUUUUUAAAUGAUAGAUUUUGUUAACAUGUUAUCUCAGUGUUUUAUAAGUCACAAAUAAACAAGGCUUAACAGUAAGUUACACAAUGAGUACAAGUGCAGAGGUUAGUGUUAGUCAAAAGAGCCGCCACUGCUGUUCCAUACAAGAAUUAACAUAUCCAGAUAAGGGAUUGCAUAAAAUAAGAUUAGAGUUUGGAAUCAAGAGCUGGAUACACUGUUCAAAGAUUUACAAGUACACUGAAGUAAAUAGUAUAUGCAAGUAACACAUUGAGCAGUUUUAUUGUCUCUUGUCUCUCUGAGAUGUGUAGAUAAACGUCAUCAGGUGUGUGACUACUUCUUUAUCUGGUUGACUGCUCUGUAAGAGUGAAUAACAACUACAGUAUUUUCCAUGACCAUGGCGGACAAAGAACCUGAAGCCCUGAAAAUGAAACGGGAAAUUGGGUUGAUUGGCGGUGUAUCACUAGUAGCAGGAACUAUGAUCGGAUCCGGUAUAUUCAUGUCGCCACAGUUUGUACUGGCCUAUGUGGGAAGCCCUGGAGCAAGUAUGGUGAUCUGGGCUCUCUCAGGAGUUGUAGCUAUGUUUGCAGUGCUGUCCUACACCGAGCUUGGGACAGUCAUUUCGGAAUCUGGUGGGGAGUUCAUCUACAUACUGAGGAUCUAUGGUUCAUGUCCUGCUUUCUUUGCAGCAAUCACUUUUAUCCUGGUUGUGAAGCCAUUCAGCAUUGCAGCAAUGGCAAUUAGCAUCGCAGAGUAUUCUCUAGCACCCUUUUACACGGGCUGCCUUCCUCCUCAGCUGGCAGUGAAGUGUGCUGCAGCUGUCGCUAUACUGGUUGUUGCAAUAGUCAACAUCUUGAAUGUACGAAUUGCCGUCAAAGUCCAAGUGGUCUUCUUGGUGGCCAAGGUGCUGGCGUUGGCAUUCAUCGUAAUUGGAGGAAUAGUGGAGCUCAUACAGAGCAGCAGGGUCCUUGUGGAAAAUUUGAAAGUUGAGAAUGCGUUUAAAGGCACUCAGUACUCUUUGAGCACUGUAGGAAUGGCUUUUUAUCAAGGACUCUGGUCUUACGCAGGCUGGUACAACUUGAACUAUGUCACUGAGGAGCUGAAAAGACCAGAGGUGAAUCUUCCUAGGGCGGUUGUGAUAGCCAUUUCUCUGGUGACUGGCUUAUAUCUGCUGGUGAAUGUGAGCUACCUGACGGUAAUGACGCCUAAAGAACUAAUGUCCUCCAGCGCAGUAGCAGUAACCUGGGGGAAUAAGGUGUUAGGAAGCUGGGGCUGGAUCAUGUCUGUGGCUGCAGCGUUGUCUGCCUUUGGUUCUCUGAAUGGGACGUUCUUCAGUGGUGGCCGUGUGUGCUUUGUUGCUGCCAGGGAAGGACACAUGCCAGAUAUUCUGGCCAUGGCUCACGUCCACAGACUGACUCCAUCUCCAGCCCUGAUCUUCACCACUGUUGUCUCUCUUCUGGUGCUGAUCCCUGGAGACUUCCAGAGUAUUGUCAACUUCUUCAGUUUCACUGCCUGGUUUUUCUAUGCCAUCACCCUGUCUGGACUUCUCUACCUCAAGAUUAAGAAGCCGGAGCUCCCCAGGUCCUACAGGGUUCCCAUUGUACUCCCUAUAGUGGUCCUAAUGGCGGCAAUAUUCCUUGUGCUGGCGCCCAUCAUAGACAAUCCUCAGAUUGAAUACCUCUAUGUGACUUUAUUUAUCCUCAGUGGAGCUAUAGUCUACAUACCCUUCAUCCAUUACAAGCUCUGCCCAGGGCUGUUGACCAAGUUAACAGUGUUCCUUCAGCUGUUCUUAGAGGUCGCCCCAGCAGAGAAAAACUUGUGAUUUGGGCAGAAGAAAAAAGGGAUUUUCCAUUUCUUUUUUUAAAUCUUGUGCUUUUUAACUACACCUGUUUUUGCAAUGGCAGUCAUGUCACAUUCAAUAGCAACUUAUUAUAACCUCCUGUUUCUUAUUAAUAAGUUGGGUCAUACGUUUUAAUGUCUUUGAAUUUUAGCAAUCUGAUAUGUAUUGUCUUUUUGCACAGGUGCAUAUAGCACUGCUUUAUUUGUUGAUGUGUAUAAUCAACUUAGAAAUCACAUGUGAAAAGAAAUAUGAUUCCGAAGUAAAUCGGUAUUCAAAAUAUCAAUCUAUUAACAAAAGAUGAAAUAUGACUCUGAAAUCUUAGAGUUUUUGCCUGUUCAACAGUAAGUGGUUAGACAGAGUAUGCCUUUAAACAGCUGAGGAUUCCUGUUAUUGUGAAUUAGUUUAAUUUUCCAUUUCAGUUGUAUUUGUUCAUUUGCAAAAGGUUCCAGAUCAAACAUACAUACAAAUGUAUUUUAAAUACAUUUCACAACAAGAAAGAAACAGGGUUGUAUAACAAUUUUCCAUUUUAAUGUAUUUUCCUAAAUGAUAAGACAUUUUGAUUUAGGGGGAGCAAGAAGAGUUCUCAUUGCCAGGGACCUGCACAUGAUAUAAACACUGGAGAAAGCUUGUGCUGUCCUCCAAACACACUGAUACAGCGUGAGAAGAAGCAACACAAACUAAAUGCUGUAGUAACAAGAUUCAUCACAACGUCAAAGCUUCAAGUUGUACGAAACAAAAACAACAAGAAUCAAACGGCAGCAUGCUUUGUCAUUUAACAGUUACUGUUUUAAAAGAAAUGUAUGUGACUUAUGGUUUUAAUAAAAUGAA